AAAGGGGCGCAAGGGCUGUGCCCUGUGUGUGGUGUUUGUACAUUUUUACAGAAAGGAGGCAUGAUGGGGACGUUCAGAAUGCACGCUUUUUGUGGAUUUGUGAUCAGUUACUUAUAAACUUAUGCAUAUGCAUGAAAACCCGUCCGUAGUAUGUGUUGCACACUGAUCCGUGCCAAUUCGCGAAUGUUAGGCCUUAUGGGUGAGCAGAGUGAUAGUUUGUGAGGAGGCAGCAUUGGAACACGCAUGGAAGUAUGUAAAGUGAAACAGAUUGGACACCACUUUUUGGGAAUGAAAUUGUGGUUGUUGGUGCAAGAGCUGUGAACAGCAGCCAAUGAGGCAUUGUGGAACAUUCACUGUUAUUUUAUGCAUUCAUCUAUGUGAAGCAGGACCAUUUCCAUCAUGGAGUUCACAUGACAUUCACCCAGACACCAGUUUCAAGACCUAUGCUAUAGUAGAUUUGAAGGUACUUCAUGGAAGAAGGAGACAAGACAUCACAUCCACACAUGAUCAGGAUGAUGUCAUUACCAUCACCUUUGAUCAUCUGAACAGGAGCUACAUUUUAGAUAUGAAACAUAACAGGCAUGUCGUAGCAGAGGGUGCCGUUCUUCGAUAUCAAAAGAAUGGGUCCCACGUCCGUGAAAGGAACUCUUUAGCGGACGGAGAUCGCUGUCUGUACACAGGCUCGGUGCGCGGCUACGAUGCGUCGUCGGCUGCCAUCUCCAUCUGCGAGGGCAUCAACGGGGUGGUGUCGGUGUCCGGACGCACCCUGUUCCUGUCGCCCGGCCCGGCCGGCCGUCACGUGGUGUACCUGGAGCGCGACCUGUGGCGCCACGAGCAGCCGCACGACCGGACCGCAGAGCCGGCGGCGCGCGCCGCGGCCGGCAGGCUCGCGUCGCGGCACAGGCGCAAGCGGGACGUGCCGGCUGUGCUCGGUCCGUCCAGAGCCAGCUGGAGGUCACGGUACCUCGAGCUGGUGCUGGUCAUGGACCACAAGGUGUACCUCGAUCACGGCUCAGAUCUCAAGACCGUGCAGCGGCGCGCCAAGCAGAUCGCCAACGUUGUGCACUCGCUGUACGCUCAGCUGGACGUCUUCGUGGCGCUGGUGGGGGUGGACGUGUGGACGGACGCGGACGAGAUCGCUCUCUCCACCAGCGGCGACGACACGCUCACCAACUUCCUGCACUACCGCCGCGAACGGCUCGCCUCCGAGCUACCCAACGACAACGCCCAGCUGCUCACGGGCACCAAGUUCGAAGGAGGCGUGGUAGGCAAGGCUCUGCGUGGAGGCAUGUGCACAUACAAGUACAGUGGCGGAGUCAACACGGAUCACUCUAAGCAGGUGUCGCUGGUGGCCGUGACUGUAGCGCACGAGAUGGGUCACAACUUCGGCCUGGAGCAUGACUCGGAAGACUGCCAAUGCGACGACGAGCGCUGUAUCAUGUCAGCCACUUCCAGUUCGGUCGGCCCCACCCGCUGGAGUUCCUGUAGUCGCAGUCAGCUGGCGCUGUCGUUCAAGCGCGGACUGGACCACUGUCUCCGCAACAAGCCCGCUGGACCCCUGUUCGACGCACCCGUGUGCGGUAACGGGUUUGUGGAGCCGGACGAGGAGUGUGACUGCGGCCUGCCGUCGGAGUGCAGCACUCCCUGCUGCGACCCUGCCACCUGCCGGCUGCGUACCAACGGCACCUGCGCCACCGGAGCCUGCUGCGACCUCCAGACGUGUCAGCUGCGGCCGGCUGGCGAGCCGUGCCGGCCGGCGCCCGGCGAGUGUGACCUGCCCGAGUACUGCACGGGCCGCUCGGAGCUGUGCCCGGCCGACGUGCACCGCCAGGACGGCCUGCCCUGCCGCGCCGGACAGGCGUACUGCUACGCUGGCGGGUGUUCCACACGUGACGACCAGUGUCGCUUGCUCUGGGGCCGCACCGGUUCCAACUCGGCCAGCCAGUGCUACGAACAAAACGUGGAGGGCACCCACCUGGGCAACUGCGGCUACAGCAGGCUCAACGAUUCCUACCACCGCUGCAAGCCCAGUGACGUGCUGUGCGGCACGCUGCACUGCGCGCACCUGAACGAGCGGCUCGAGUACGGCGUGGAGUCGGCUGCCGAGCUGUCCGUCUCGUUCAUCAAGCUGGACGGCCAGGUGCUGCCGUGCCGAUCAGCCGUCAUCGACCUGGGACUGCGACAGCGCGACCCCGGCCUCGUGCCUCAGGGCGCCGCGUGCGGCUCUGGCAAGAUGUGCGUGGACCAGCGGUGCGCGUCGGUGGCGACGGUAACGGCCGGCGGCUGCCCGUCCGGCUGCAGCGGCCGCGGCGUCUGCAACUCGCGCGGCCACUGCCACUGCGACUACGGCUGGGCGCCGCCGCUCUGCGCCGAGGCCGGCGUCGGCGGCAGCGUCGACAGCGGUCCCAACCUGCAGAGCACCGCCGGCAGGACGGCGGCCGUCGUGCUGUUCGUGAUCUUCCUGGGCGUGGUGCCGGCUGUGGCGCUGGUUCUGUGCUGCCUGUACUGCCGGCGCCACCGACUCUCGCCCGGCCAGCUGCUGCGGCUACCGGCCUGCUGCCGCCUGCCCGUCGCCUCCCACCUCAGCAGUAAGCUGUCGUCGGCGGGAGGCGGGAGGCCGGCGCCGGCGGCCCGCUCGGUCCGCCGUCCGGAGGUGCCCCGCGACCUGGCCGGCAAGACGGACAGCUACAACGUGCGUCUGGUGAUGCUGACGGGUGAGGACGAGCUGCUGCAGCCGACGGGCGCCGCCCGACCGCCCGACCAGCGGCUCGUCUGCGAGGUCAAGCCCAUGGUGAAGGCGGACGGCACGGCGCGGAAGGCGCAGCCGAAUGAGCGCCUGGUGAGUGCGAAGGUCAGCCCCAAAAAGGAGGCGAAGGUGCCGGUCAGUGCUGUGCAGAGUCCUCGCACCACAUUCGGCAUGCUGACGAAGCGACCGGCCACCGCCGGUGGUGCCCCUGGCGACCAGACCGCGAAACUGGCCGCGGACUCUAGCUCGCGACGGACAACGUUCGGCAUGACGGCGCUGGGAAAGAAAUCGGGCGAGGACAGCAAGCAGCCUGGCGGGGACAGAAAGCUUGACGCGAGGGAGCCCACGCCAAAGCCCGUCUCCGCCGCUGCAGCCGCGAGGACGGCGUUUCUGUCGGGCGAGGCCGGGAAACCCCCGGGCUCGGCCGCGGCGGCGGGGCCGCCGUUGGCUCGGGUCGUCACGGGCCGGGUCAGGUCGGCCGCUGGCGCGCUGGAGAAGCGGGCUGACCCAGCCCCGCCCGCUCCGCCGGCCAUCGACGCUAAGGAGCCGCAGCCGACCCGGGCCGUGCCCGGUCAGGUCCGAUUCGCCGCCGGCACGCUCGACAGGAAGCCCAGCACGCCGCCGCCGGCGCCGCCCUCGGUGCCGCCGCUCGCCGCGCAGGCCGGUGCGGCGCCGGAGCCGGUCCGGUCGGCACCAACCAGCCGGUCGUCGACGCUGGAGUCGGACCGCUCGGACGUGUCGCGUCCCGCCGGCGGCGAGCGGGAGGGCGCGCUUGGCUCGACGCUGUCGCGCGUGGCCAGUGUGUUCCGCCGUGCCGAACGGCCGCCAGAGGAGGCGCCGCGCAGCCCGGCUACCGGCCUGCACUCCAGCCAGAGCUUCAAGGCGGCCAAGCUGGACCGCGACACCGUGCGCACGCUGGGCAUCUCGCACCCCAUCCCACAGCCGGCAGUUGGCCAGUUCGGGACGCUGCCGGCGCGGUCGAGCGGGCGCCGGCCGCCGGUGCGCGCCGCCUCCGACGUGGCGCGCCCGGUCAGCCUGCUGGUGCGGCCGACCGAGCCGCCGCCACGGCCGCCCGGCGUGCCCGAGCUGUACGACGACUGCAACACCGACCGGCCGGCCGGCGGCGGCGCCACGCCUACGGAGAACAUCUACUGCACCAUCGACGAGGCGCCCGAGGAGCGGCCUCGGCCGGUCAGCAUGCUGGAGCCGGGCAACGUGUACCAGAACACGGGCGAGCGACGCGCCCCGUGGCGCUCGGUCAGCACGCGCCAGCCCAUCGUGGCGUUCGCCGGGCCGGGGGCAGUGAAGCAGGCGGCCUUCACCGCUCCGGCGGGGGCGAGCAUCAAUCUGUCGCCGCUCGCGAAGCAGUCGGGAGCGUCCGGACCAACUCCGAGGCAGGCGCCGGGCACCGCGGUGUCCACGAAGCACCCCACGCUCUCUUCGCCGUCCGGCAAGCAGCCGUCGGCGGCCUCGCCCGCGUCAAAGUCGGCUAAGUCGGCCACAGUGUCAGCUCCGUCUACGAAGCAGUCCCCAGGGCCGUGGUCAUCCUUGAACCAGCCCUCAGUGACCGUGCCGUCCGCAGAACUCUCAUCCAAGGUCGCACCGUCUCCGAAACAGCCACUGACCGCCAGCACGGUCGGAAAACAGCUAGCAUCGUCAGCAACAAAACCAUCAACACCUGCUGCGUCUGUAAAAGAGCCCCCGACCUAUGCGUCACCUGCGAAGCAGACGGCUUCAUCUGCGACAUCCACAAAGCUUCCCUCAACAACGACAGCAUUAAUCAAACAGCCAGCAACGGCCGCUUCCUCAAAAAUGGCUAAGCAGCCGGCGAGCUGUGCUUCUUCGAAGUUGCCUUUUGUUUCAAAGGAUACUGCGAAGGAGCCCGCAGCAUCCAUGACGUCUGUCACGCAAACCCCAGCCUCCUCGACGGUUUCGAAACGGAACACUUCUGCACCAUCCGCCAAACGCUCGACGACAUCUACGCAAUCGGCCAAACAGCCCGCAGGCUCAGCUCCGUCCUCCAAGCAGCCCACCCUCUCCGCAGCGUCCUCCCGGCAGUCCAUGUCCUCCGUGAGCUCCUCCACGGCCAGCACUCCGUCCUCGGAGGACACCACGGCCGUCGCCACUAAAAAGAAACCCGUCGGUUCUGUCGGGAAGAAAUCUGGUGCGGCCCUCAGCAAGAAGGCCGUGGCGGAAAAGAUGGAGCCGACCAGUAAACCGACCGCCGCCGGCCCUGUGGGUAAGAAGGCGGGCGCGUCUCUAGCCAAGAAGGCCGGCUCGGCCGCCGCUCAGCGGGUAGCCUCGCCAACGCCAGGCGAAGCGUCUCCCAAAGGUGUCUCCACCGUCCCCAAAGCCAGCGUCGGCGCCUCCAAGGGCGGCCCCGCCGGCACCAAAGCAGCGCCCGCCGCCGCCAAGUCUGCCGGAACCACCACGGGUGGUAAGACGGCAGCAUCGGGUGGUGUCAAGUCCCGGUCGGCCGGGGCUGCGAGACUGGCGGCGGGGACGGCCACAGCCGGAUCAGGGGGCAGGCCGCCGGCGCGCACGGCCAGCGGGCCGGCCGGCCGGGCCGCCGGUGCCGCGGCCAAGGCGGACAGCACGCCCUCCUCGCGGCCCGGCCCGCGCUCAUGAGGCGCUCACUAGUCACCGGGGUCGGCCGCCGACCGCAGCUGUGCAGCGCGCCGGCCGUGGGGGCGAGACGGAGUCGGCUCCGUGCGAGAGCUUCGAUGGCAUGAGGACGGCGUACGGCGGCGUUGCGCUGCAUCGUCGCGUGCUGGGUACGUUUGAGUGUCGGCAGUUGGUAUGCUGCACGCUCGGUAAAAUACGCUUGCUGUCGCCUUGGGAAUAGAGGCAAGGUCCGCUGUGGCGGCUUGGUAGCUAGAGUGGAGGUUUUGUAACUACUUUACAUAGCGGCGUGUGCUUCGAUGAGGAAUGACGACUGUGGUAAGUCUGGAUAUUUGUGAAGAAAUCGUUGAGAAGAAAUCCCUGCCCGUUUGUACUCUCAAGUACGAAUUUUAUGCAGCUGAUUUUCGUUGAUUUCUCAACAUGCGUUUCCGUUGAUUUCCUUAUUUUUUGCUCGACCGUAUUGGGCUGUAAAAGCCAGUCACUCGGUUGGAUGGCUGACAGUACAUGCUGUUUCUUCUCAUAAACGUAACAUAUAAGUGAUCCCACAACCUUAUUUUUCCGACUGCGCGACUAGGAGCCUGUCUGAAGCACGUCCUGUCGCAACACAGCUUUUCCCACCGGCCGCAUGCUGGCAGUGUAAGCUGCCCGGUCGGGCUGCAGGCCCUGCUGACUGCGACGACGGCUGGCACUGGCACCUGACCUGGCGGUAGCCAGUGGCGUAGCCGAUUGACAGC